AUGUGGGGACGAUCCGUGAAGAUGGAAUGGAAGAUCUCUGAGGCAGAAGGAGCUCCGUCAGAGGAAAGUCAGAGGACGCAGGCCCAGGAGGUUGCCCGAGAUGCCCUGUCAAGUGGCAGUGAAGAGAUGUUGUCAAGCUGUUGUCGUCUUUUCAGAGGAGUGAAACCGUCUGCUCCAAAUCUGGUCCAGCCUCCCUUUUCCUUUGAGGAGGUGGCCGUGUGUUUCACCGAGGCCGAGUGGGCCUUGCUGGCUCCUGGCCAAAGAGCUCUCUACAGGGACGUCAUGCUGGAGAACUACGGGAGCGUGGCCUCUCUGGGAGCAGAUGUCGAGGAGACAGCUGGGGAAUUCCAGGGGUUCUCUUUGGAAAAAGUCAAGAAUGAAGAUGCCGACGGACACUUCAGAGAUGGAGAUGGACCCCAGAGGCUGGAGGGAAGCCAAGCAGCAGGGGAUGAUCAGAGGAAUGAGAAGGAUGACAAACUGCAUCUUGUAUCACCAGAUGAAGUCAAAAAUGAAGGCUUGAGCGGAAACUUCAGAAACCAAGCUGGACCUAAGAGGCAGGAAAGAAGCCACAUCAUCCAGAAGAGGGGUAAACCUAUUCCUUGCCAAGGGGGGGAUUUCCAAGAAGUAAUGCACACAGUGAAGGAAACAUACAAGUGCUUGGUGUGUGGAAUGAACUUCUCAGAUCAACCCCAGUAUAAUGUCCAUUUACAAAUGCACAGUGGAAAAAAGACCCAUCGAUGGCUGGAGUGUGGAAAGACCUUCAAAUACAGAUCGAAGCUCCUUGUACACCAAAGAAUCCACAGAGGAGAGAAGCCUUUUGAAUGCUCAGAGUGUGGGAAGAGAUUCAGUCGUAGUGGCAGUCUUCAAGAACAUCAAAGAACCCACACAGGGGAGAAGCCAUUUGAAUGCUCAGAGUGUGGGAAGAGAUUCAGUCGUAGAGGCAGUCUUCAAGAACAUCAAAGAACCCACACAGGGGAGAAGCCAUUUGAAUGCUCAGAGUGUGGGAAGAGAUUCAGUCGUAGAGGCAGUCUUCAAGAACAUCAAAGAACCCACACAGGGGAGAAGCCUUUUGAAUGCUCAGAGUGUGGGAAGAGAUUCAGUCGCAGUGGCCACCUUAAAACCCAUCUAAGAACCCACACAGGGGAGAAGCCUUUUGAAUGCUCAGAGUGUGGGAAGAGAUUAAGUCGCGGUGGCACUCUUCAAGAACAUCUAAGAACCCACACAGGGGAGAAGCCUUUUGAAUGCUCAGAGUGUGGGAAGAGAUUCAGUUGCAGUGGCCGUCUUCAAACCCAUCUAAGAACGCACACAGGGGAGAAGCCUUUUGAAUGCUCAGAGUGUGGGAAGAGAUUUAGUUACAGUUGCCACCUUCAAAUUCAUCUAAGAACCCACACAGGGGAGAAGCCUUUUGAAUGCUCAGAGUGUGGGAAGAGAUUCAAUCGCAGUGGCCACCUUCAAACCCAUCUAAGAACCCACACAGGGGAGAAGCCUUUUGAAUGUUCAGAGUGUGGGAAGAGAUUCUGUGCCAGUAUCUCUCUUCAAAGACAUCUAAGAACCCACACAGUGGAGAAGCCGUUUGAAUGCUCAGUGUGUGGGAAGACAUUCAGUGAGAGUAGGUCUUUUCAAACUCAUCUAAGAACCCACACAGGGGAGAAGCCUUUCAAAUGUUCAGAGUGUGGGAAGAGAUUCAGUGACAGUAGCGCUCUUCAAACUCAUCUAAGAACCCACACAGGGGAGAAGCCUUUUGAAUGCUCAGAAUGUGGGAAGAGAUUCAGUCAGCGUGGUAACCUUCAAACCCAUCGAAGAACCCACACAGGGGAGAAGCCUUUUGAAUGCUCAGAGUGUGGGAAGAGAUUCAGUCGCAGUAGCACUCUUCAAACUCAUCUCAGAACCCACACAGGGGAGAAGCCUUUUGAAUGCUCAGAAUGUUGGAAGAGAUUCAGUCACAGGAGCACUCUUCAAACUCAUCUAAGAACCCACACAGGGGAGAAGCCGUUUGAAUGCUCAGUGUGUGGGAAGAGAUUGAGAGACAGGAGCACUCUUCAAACUCAUCUAAGAACCCACACAGGGGAGAAGCCGUUUGAAUGCUCAGUGUGUGGGAAGAGAUUGAGAGACAGGAGCACUCUUCAAACUCAUCUAAGAACCCACACAGGGGAGAAGCCGUUUGAAUGCUCAGUGUGUGGGAAGAGAUUGAGAGACAGGAGCACUCUUCAAACUCAUCUAAGAACCCACACGGGGGAGAAGCCUUUUGAAUGCUCAGAGUGUGGGAAGACAUUCAGAGACAGGAGCACUCUUGAAACUCAUCUAAGAACCCACACGGGGGAGAUGCCUUUUGAAUGCUCAGAGUGUGGGAGGAGAUUCAGUCGCAGAAAUUAUGGUCGCAUCCAGACCACCACUCCUUUGAUCAAUGGAAUACCUUGA